AUGGAUAGAGAGAAUUGCUCCUCCUUGAUUGAAUUCAUUUUAUUGGGAAUUACUAAUAACACCGAGAACAAAGUGACCGUAUUUACCAUGUUUCUCCUUGUUUAUCUCAUUAAUCUUCUGGUGAAUCUUGGAAUGAUACUCCUGAUUAGAAUGGAUCCCCAGCUGCACACACCCAUGUACUUCUUCCUCAGUCACCUCUCCUUCUGUGACCUCUGCUAUUUCACAGCAGUUGGACCCAAGAUGCUGGUGGACCUAUUUGCCAAGAACAAAUCAAUCCCCUUCUAUGGCUGUGUUCUGCAAUUCAUGGUUAUCUGUACCUUUGUAGAUUCUGAGUGUCUACUGCUGGCAGUGAUGGCCUGUGAUCGAUAUAAGGCCAUUAGCAACCCCUUGCUCUAUGCAGUCAGCAUGUCCAGCAGAGUGUGCUUCCAGCUUGUGGUUGGUGUUUACCUGGUGGGAAUAGCAGAAGCUCUGAUAAACACAACAUUAGCAUUCCGCUUGUGCUUCUGUGGGUCAAAUGAGAUUAACCACUUUUUUUGUGAUGUUCCUCCUCUCCUAUUGCUAUCUUCCUCAGACACACAGGUCAAUGAAUUAGUGAUAUUCACCAUUUUUGGUUUCAUUGAAUUGAGUACCAUUUCAGGCAUCCUUGUCUCUUAUUGCUAUAUUAUCCUGUCAGUCUUGAAGAUCCACUCUGUUGAGGGGAGGUUCAAAGCUUUCUCCAGCUGCACCUCCCACCUAACUGAUGUGGCAAUUUUCCAGGGAACUCUGCUCUUCAUGUAUUUCAGGCCAAGUUCUUCCUACUCUUUAGAUCAAGACAAAAUGACCUCAUUGUUUUACACCCUUGUGAUUCCCAUGUUAAAUCCCCUGAUUUACAGUCUAUGGAACAAAGAUGUGAAAGAGGCCCUAGAAAAACUGAAAAAAAAGAUGGUCACCCAAACUUCUUUAGACUUCUUGCUUAUGAGGAGCAGUAUGGCAGAAAACAUUGGUUGA